AUGACUAUUCUCGGUUUUGGAAAGUCGUCUACGAAGAAAGAUGCUGCCACAGAGGCCGCCAUGGUGCUCUCCGAGGCCGUCAUCCUUGAAAACGGUCUAGCUGCGAUCGACACGGUCAUGGAUGAACGAAAGGAGGAUGCUGCCCCCUACCUCAGCAUUAAGACGAAUUCUGGCCUCCACAAGCUGGUCCACGGAGUCGUGGGAUCUAUUGAGGCCUUCUUUGGACAGGAUCCGGAGCAAAUCAGACAGACAGCAGAUCAUUUGGCCACCUGCGAGACUGCCGCCUACAAGAACAUUGAUCGAACUCAUAACUACACUCCCUACUGCUCCUAUCCUCCGGGAACUGAGUACAAGGUUGCCCUGGCUGAGGCAGAGCUUCUAGGAGCCUGUAUGAUGAUCAUCUCCGAAUCCAUGCUCGAAAUGACCAAGGCUUUGUACAAGCUCAAGAAGGCCUACUCCACUUUGUACGAGAUCCAGCAAAUGAAGAAAAACCCCAAUUACACGCCAUACAGCUACACACCUGCUGAGCUCACCGAGUACGCUAAGGCCCGACACGCUCGACUGGGCCCCAAGGUCUCUGCAAACAACGUCGGAGAGUCUUACGACGAGCUCAUUGAUACCGGAUUCCGUCUGUGUUUCGGUAUCAUUCAGGUCGUCUUCAGCAUGAUUCCUCCUGGCCUCAGCAAACUUUUGUCAGCCAUCGGAUUCAAGUGCUCUCGAGAGGAUGGUCUGCGACUUCUGUGGGAGUCCAUCUCUGCUCCUAACGUGCAGGCAACAGUCGCCCUUGUUGUGCUCAUGCGAUACUACGACUCCCCCAUGCAGUCUUCGGAUCUGAUUUUGCCCGGAACCGAAGAGGAGCUCAUUGCCAAGGGCUCUUUCUUCGAGAAGAAGUCCGAGGACUCUCCCCGAAGCAGAAUGUACCAGCAACUCAUGGUUGCUCGUGCCCGAUACCCCCGAUCUUCCAUUCUGGUGCUGCAGCAGGGUCAGGCUGAGGCCACUCUACAUCGACUGGAUGAGGCAAUCGCCAUUCUGUCUGUGGACCUUAACACUGUCCAUAUGCGCCAGCUCAAGGAGCCCAUCUACGAGAACAGAACCAAGUGGCUCACCUGUCUUCAUCAGUACCGAACCUCGGCCAACAGUUUUGUAGAGUUGGUGGACCUUACUCCCAAGUGCCAUGCCUGGUACAACUACCUUGCCGCCUGUUGUCUCCUGGAGGUCUACAAGGAGGAGGAAGACCCUGCUGCUAAGGCCCAAGCCGGCGUCCUGCUCGAAAAGGCCGCAACUCAUGCUUCCGACAAGAAGCAGCAUCUGCGAAAGUAUGUGGCUCACCGAAUCCAGCAGCUCAAGAAGGAGGGACCUCUCGUUGACGUGGCCGUCAAGAAGCCCCUGCUCGGCGAGGUCUUCUACUACUGGAACGGCUACUCUAAGAUGCCCCAGAAUGCAUUGGAGAAGUCUUACAAGAAACUUAACGGCAUGAAUGACCCCCAGUCUGCUCUUCUGCAGGCUGUCAUUCUCCGAAACCUUGGACGACUGGAUGAGGGCUACAAGCUCAUGAAUGAGCAGGUCAUCCCCCAUGUGGUCACAUUUUCAUCGGAUGCCAAGCCUCAUCUGUCCUCCAAGACUCCUCUGAAGGACUGGGCUCCUCCUGCUGCCCUGUACGAACGGGCUAUUUUCGAGUGGGAUCUUUACGGUUCUCGAAAUGCUCAGCAGGUCAAGCAAUGGUUGGUUCUUGCCGAAAAGUGGGGUGACGACUACGAGCUUAACGGUGGUCUGGGUCAGAAGAUUCGAUUCGAUAUGGAGAAGGUUCAGUAA